AUGCCAGGAGAUGCCGAAAAGUGGGUCAAAUCCUGCCAACAUUGCGCAGUCAACGGUAGACUAGAGAAACCUACUCCGAUGAAGCGUACCGUAGUCCCAAGGACUGCCUGGGAGACCAUCGCUCUGGAUUUUAAUGGCCCUUACGCCAAGUUCGGAGGAAUAUAUAUCCUCGUUAUCGUCGAUUACCGUUCACGAUACCUUAUCGCCCGGCCCGUCAAGUCGACUAGCUUCGAGGUGACGAAACAAGUGCUAGAAGAAAUCUUUGAUAAAGAAGGUUUUCCGGAGAGCAUGAAAAGUGAUAACGGGCCCCCAUUUAACGGGGAAGACUAUAAACAAUAUUGUCACGAGCGGGGGAUUAAAACCAUUUUUUCAACACCUUUCUUCCCGCAACAAAACGGUUUGGUUGAAAAUUACAUGAAAGUAAUCAACAAAUCCAUGGCCAUAGCGGUCUCCACUGGCUCAGAUUAUAAUGAAGAACUACAAGCUGCUAUUCGAGCGCACAAUUCCGCAUCUCACACCGUAACAAAAGUUCCUCCCGAGGAAAUCAUGCGAGGUAGAAGAAUCAAACGUGGAUUGCCUCUCUUUGAUCGUGGUCAAACAAAUCACGACGACGACGCUCUCAACAAGAGGGAUCGUGAAAUGAAACUGAAAGCCAAGGAACGGGAGGACAUUCGACGUGGUGCCCGGAAAUGCCAACUGAAACCUGGAGAUACGGUGAUCAUAGAACGGCAGUUGCGGUCAAAAGGCAUUUCGCGAUUUGGCACACAACGAUAUACAGUGAUGGAAGAAAGGAAUGGAAACUUGUUGCUUACAGAUGAUGAUGGGCGCACAUUAAAACGACACGUCUCCCAGACAAAGAAGGUGUCUGAAUGGCGUGAUCAACCGAGAUCUACGGGCAGAUCCCAUCAAGAGGACAAAAAUAACAAACCGCUUGAACGAGCUGUUAGGGACAGAAGAAGUCCCAAGUAUUUGCAAGAUUUUGUUCGCAAUUUUGAUACCAUCAAACACUGGCAUAAGUAA